UGCAAUAAAAAAGGAGGUAAGCCUACCCACACUGCAAGUCUCCAACUCGGGCAAGCUCUCCUCCCCCACGACUCCCCUCUCCUUCCUCUCUCUCUCGCUCGCGCGCGCCUGCGUCGCCAAUGGCGGACCAGCUCACCGACGACCAGAUCGCCGAGUUCAAGGAGGCCUUCAGCCUCUUCGACAAGGACGGCGACGGUUGUAUUACUACUAAGGAGUUGGGAACUGUCAUGCGUUCGCUGGGGCAGAACCCAACUGAGGCAGAACUACAAGACAUGAUCAAUGAGGUGGAUGCUGACGGCAAUGGAACAAUCGAUUUCCCUGAAUUUCUCAACCUGAUGGCCCGCAAGAUGAAAGAUACUGAUUCUGAGGAAGAGCUCAAGGAGGCGUUCCGUGUGUUCGACAAGGACCAAAAUGGUUUUAUCUCUGCUGCUGAAUUGCGUCACGUCAUGACUAACCUUGGUGAGAAGCUGACAGAUGAGGAGGUUGAAGAGAUGAUCCGUGAGGCCGAUGUUGAUGGUGAUGGGCAGAUCAACUACGAUGAAUUCGUUAAAGUCAUGAUGGCCAAGUAAGUUGAAGCAUCAUUUGGAUCAACACAGGGGGAGUUCCAGUAGCCAUACUGUCAGAGGCUAAAAUUAUCUUUAUUAAUUUUAUGUUCAGAUGUAAUUUUGUGGGGAUAGAUAUGUUCCAAACCGAAAUUCUUGAUAUUCAGAGACAUCCUAUGCUGUAGACAAUGCUUUCUGUUUGUUUGUGAUUUUUCUGUUUGUGAAAAAUGGCUCUGAUCUUUGUGAUUUUGUUUAUUCAAUUACUCUAUGUUUGUUUCAACUUUUCAAGGGUGUAGCCAUUCUGUUGUUAAUCAAAACCAUCCAUGCUUGUGCUAUAUUCAUUCUACCAAUAUUAAUUUGGGUGAUA